CUCCUAAAACCCGUCUGUGGUUUUUGAGUCUCUCUAGUGAAAGUCACUCGUAGAAGCAGUGGAAGACGAUGGCGUUGAGGCAAAUAAUUCUCAAAACGAGGCCGAUUUGGAUCUCAACACAGCCACAUCCAACACCUGUGUUUUCCCGGUUCUUUUCCAAAUCCUCCCUUUAUGUAGAAAAGGUUGGCAUACCAGAGUUUUUGAAUGGAAUAGGCAAAGGGGUCGAAUCCCAUGUGGCUAAGCUUGAGUCUGAGAUUGGUGACUUUCAGAAGCUGCUUGUCUCUCGAACUCUUAAGCUCAAGAAACUUGGCAUACCAUGCCAACAGAGGAAGCUGAUAUUGAAAUAUGCCCACAAGUAUAGGCUGGGACUCUGGAGGCCUCGAGUUCAGUCUGUGAAAUCUUAAUUAGUUUUUUAAUAGCUGAUCCUACUGAGGAUUAAGAUCAAGAUGGUUGUUAGAGAACGUGAUAGCUGGACAUCUCCACAUGAAACUGUUUUAUUUUCUCCAGAGUUUUAGCAUCUUAGUGUUCGUGAUCUUUUUGAGCAAUUUUAUGGACACAAUUUAGGAGCUUAAUUCGAAGUAUUUCUGCAUGAACCGGGGUUAAACAGCCUGGUAACUGCAGCAUCAAUCAUACAAGUUAUUCAACCAUAAGAGGAGGAGGCCUUGUUAUGGAUAUGGAUUCCACCUUCAUGUAUUUAGCUCAUUUUAUUGCAGACAAUUAUUGAAUUACUUUUGGCUUUCCC